AUGAAUGACGAGGUGUUGUUAAGCGACGGCAUACGCGUCACGGUGCCCGUAAGCACAUCGACUUCACCGUUUUCAGACGUAUCUUUGUUGCAGCAGCAGCAGGAGCAGCAGCGGAAGCAGAUGCUGCGGAUGGAAAGGGUCGUGAAUGCUGCGGGGAGUGCGGCUGGUGCGGGCAGCGACUUUUUUGAUUUGUACCGCAAGCACAGGAAUGCUGAGAUGCGGAGGCUCGAUGAGAUGGACGAGCAGUUUCGCAAGAGAGUUGCGGAAGAAGAGUUUCUCUUUCUCAGAGAGAAGCGGCACCUCGAGGCCGAAGAGAAGCAACAGAAGAACAAGAAGAAGCGUGAGCGGAAGAGGGUGGCAAGGAAGAAAGCAGCACAGCAAAGAAAGCAACAGAGUAUGCAGCAGGCGCAGGAAGGGCAGGAUGGCGAAGCAGGAAGUCAUAGCCAUACGGCCAGUCCUGCUGGUGCUACGGGUGAAGACGGCAGCGCGGACGAAUCGUUAGACGGUAGCAGCAGCUGCUCACCUCCUGGAUCAGCGCCUUCUCUUGCUUCGCCCUUCCCAGCCAGUAGCCUUGGCACGCCAGCGACAGCCAGAAGCAGCAGCAGCAGUAGCAGCUUUAGCAGCAGCAGCUUCAGCAUAGCGCGCAGCAGCACGAAGUCAGAGGGAUUUGCUGCUGCUGCAACCCCAGGGGCCAGGAGAGGCAUUGCACCAUCUCCAUAUGCCGCUGCUGCUGCUGCUCCUGCUGCUGCUGCUGCUGCUGCUGCUAGGAAGCUUCAAGACGUGUCAGACUCCGAAAUCGAGGACGCCGCAACCUUGCCAAUGAAGCCGCAAGUUACCAUUCGUGAUGAUGAGUGGUAG